ACAGCCAUCAGACCAUUCUGAGGUGCGUCUAUUCGGCCGCUUCAUCUCUGCGUUGUUCGCUCUGACUACUUGAUCAUUCCUGUCAGGAUCCAUAGUGUGAACCAGUGGCUCCAAUAGGGCAAACUUCAGACGAAACGCUGCUACCACAUGUUGGCCCACCAUAUGCAUCUGUAUGUCCUGAACCGGGGACUCUGGUUCCCACCCGCAGCCAUAACAUACUCAAGUGAUUCGAAUUCAAAUCUCCCUCAAGAAGUCCUCGAAUACGUGAUUGACUUCCUAUGGGACGACCCCAUUUCACUUGCGCGGUGCUGCCUCACUUGCCGCGCUUGGAUACAGGUUGCAGUGUACCACCUGCGUCGGUACAACAACACUAGCGUUUUGACGAUACGAAAUCGAAAGUCCUUGACGGCUCACAGCCGCGCAUCGAAGUUGAUGAAGACAAAGAGGCCAAGUACACUCGAGAUUGACGAAAACCCUCGCAAGUCUUACGUGCAUACCUUCCCGAUGCUUAUGCCCGGGUGCAAUUUAUCGAAGGAAUCGACGACGUUGACAAUUCGCCGACUGGACUUGGCGAUCAGAAGACCACAUAAUCAAUUCUUCAGAUAUCUCUCCUAUUACACCCACAUCACCGCCCUCGACCUUCGGUUGUGUCGCUUUGAAAGCACGCCGCAGCUUCGCAGAAUGAUCAACGCUUUGCCGAAUCUCACUGAUUUGGAGCUUACGGGUAUCACAUUGCGAGACGGUCUUGUAACGACUCUCGUACCUCACUCCAUCACGCUCAAUCGAAAGCUCGAGAAAAUUACACUAUCCCAUCCUCCUGGCCAAGGGACACUACAGCACCCUGUGUGGGAUGGUGCCGACAGAGCGGCUGCUCAAACGCUGCUGGCUGUAUGUGCCGCUUACUCGACUGUUCUCUGGCUUUCAGUGGACGCAAACUACUUCCGCUCGCUCACAGACCUGAAGCAUUUCAUCUACUCUUUUCCACAUCUAUCCCAUCUCAGGCUGAGAAGCCAUACCCGCUCGCGUUGGUCACUCUCGUCGGACGACGUGGGCGUGCGAACAGCCUCUACAAGCCCUCACUUCUUCUCCUUGUUUGAGCUGUCAACUGUGUCUACGGCCUGCGCGGUGCAGCUCAUGAGUCUGGUGUCCACGACACCAACCUGUAGCCAACUCGAGGAAUUGAUCAUACGGCAUGAAGACACGUCUGGGCCGGUCGCAGAGCUGUUGUCGGAUGUCCAGCACACACUGCACGUCUCUGGCGCGGCACUGAAGAAGUUCACAUGGGUAUGGCCUUGCAACUCAGACUCGCAGCUCGUUCCGCGGCUGACAUCAAACAGAUCUCUGAGACAAGUGGAGGUGACGCUCACCAACGUGCCUCCAUCACUUCGUAUUAUCGAGAGCGCCCUAGUCAACUUGAUAUCCAAUCUUACAAGCGCCACGGGGCUCUCGAUCAGAAUUCACUUGCAACAUCCCGAGUCACUGCAAGAUGUAUACGACAUAUCACGCUUGAGAACAGAUGGAACCGACCCCAUUCCCGCUUUCCACACGAUUAUUUGCAGUGCAUUAUUCGACGAGUUCACGGGCGAGCACGCGUCCAUAGCGGUCGAUUUUCUGGAGAGAAACCAUCCUUUCCAGACACAGGUUGCCACCAUGUCUAUAAUCAGGUCCCAUAUUGUUGCGCUGUUUGCGCCAUGGUUGGAUAAAAAGGUGUUGGGUCUUCUACUUGACCCGGACCCAGACUCUGACAUAAGGUUCACCAGUUGGGCCGUGAACAGCGUGGUGUGGUCGAUUGUACCGAUGUUGUGGAUGCGGAAGGCUUGUGAAGACGCGUUACCAACACGAAACACGGGAAGGGAGGAAAAGAGGAGAUACCCACUGAACGUACGAUACUAUGCUAUAGCAUUGCUCAUGCAGCGCAGACCUGUGAUACUGUAAAUUCUCCCUCUCUUCUCCUGAUUCCAUCCGGUUUCUCUACUCUGCUCGGCCUACGCCCAGUCUGAGCGGGCCCGGUCUGUACAGUAGUUCAAUGACAUGUGUAGAUAUGCGAGCCCACACAGACUCUCAGCUAUCAGUAAACAAAGGGAUUCAUGGACGACACGAGGAAGC